AUGGCGAGGAUGAGAAAAGUACCAAAAAAAAGUUUGGUGUCUCACUCUUCUCAGAAUCAAAAUCAACUAGGCCGAGAUGAAAAUGCCAACCAAGCAGAAAUACCACUGUCUCACUCUUCUCAGAGACAAGAAUUUGAUGUAAAUGAUCUAAAGGCUGACCCGACCGAAAUAACUCCAAUUUUGGAUUAUCAUCCAAACAUUCGUGAUGAGGUAAGGAGGGCAUACAUUCAAAAAGGUCCUUGCCAACCUAAGGAUCAUAAGUUUCCUAAAACUGCUAUUUCUAGAAUACCACGUCGUUUUGUUUCUAAAUGGUUUGAUGAAUUUCCUGAUUGGUUGGAAUAUAGUACAAGUGCAGAUGCAGCUUAUUGUUUGCCUUGUUAUUUGUUUCAAGGUGAAAGCAUUCAUCAAGGUGGUGGUAAUGUAUUUUCGACUAAAGGGUUUAAAAAUUGGUAUAGAAAGGAUAGCUUGCUAUCGCACGUUGGUCCACCAAAUAGUGUUCAUAAUCAAUCAAAAAGAAUGUGUGAAGAUCUAAUGCGAGAAGAACAAUCCAUUCAGGCUGCAUUUUAA